AUGCCGGAGACAAAGAAACCCGAGGUCAAGCGCGAGGAAUACCGAAAAUACCUCGACAGCGCAGGAAUUCUAGACGAACUCACCAAAUUCCUCGUCACGCUCUACGAAGAGCCAGACAAACCACAGGAUGCCGUUGCCUACAUGAAAAAGCUUCUCUGUGGAGGUGAACCUGAUGCGGCUGAGGUUGAAAACAUGAAAAGCGAAAUCGAGCAGCUCAAGGCUCAAGUAGAGGAACUAACUAAACGAGCAGAAGCUGCUGAGGCGAAAAUCCUGGCGGCCACGCCAGCGGAGGCUGAGCCUUCAGCCCCAGAAGGUGAAGAAGCGAAGCCCGAUGCGGAAGAGAAGAAAGAAUAG